AAUUUUAGAAUUGAGGAGAGAUUUUGUUUCUUGUUUUUUUAGGACCAGACAUAGAAACAUCAUUAAUUAUUCCUAAAUUCAAAUAACCUGGGUUUGAAUUUCGUUGUCAAGGUAAAGAAAUUCUGACCCUUUUUUUUUUUUUUUCUUUUCUUACGGGUAUAUAUAGGCUGUUUGUUUCUCGGGAAAUGUUUCUGUAAAUCAAAUAGAGAGAGGAUCAAACGGAAUGCAGAGAUUUUGUCGAAUUUAAUGGCUUGGCUGCAUUUUGUGUGAGAGCCGAAGGGAAUAGGCAGGUUUAAGAAGAUUGUAUUGUGAAUAGAGAAGACUAUAAAGCAUGGGAAAGAAUAUGCAGCACAGUGACUCUGUGAUGUCUAUUCAGAAUGGCCCUCCAGGAUGCAUGUGGGGUGUGCUGCAUAUACUUAAAUAUCACCAUUGGAGUCACAUUAAGAAAAAGAUUCCUUACAAGAAGGCUAUCAAUGGGAGAUUUUCGUGGGGAGUUGCGAAUCCUGGAAAUGAUAUGAAAGCAUCAAAGAGCGAUGGAUUACUGUAUGAUCACAGUUCUGAAAACGAAAACCCUAGUGUUGAUGAAAAGAUGACACAUUCCUCCCCAGCGGCCAGAAACUCUGUUAAAUCUCGGUUAAAAUCACUCAUCUCAGAAGAAGUGUAUAAAAUGAAGGGUAGACAUCGUAGUACCUCAUCGUGCACUUUGCAGUCACUCUUGAUGCGAACAGAUUCCAUUCAUCACCUAGAUCCUUCGGACGAAUUAUAUUUCCCUGCUGAUAUGGCUCUAGAUUCUGAAAGUCCACUUUCUGCUAAGAAUGCAGACAAUGAGAGCUUUUUCUCUCCCACCUUAGAGGAUUCGAAUGCCUACGAGGAUCAAAAUUCGGAAGAUUGCAGCACCGUGUUAGGUGGGAAUAACUCGAGCUUUGACGCUACUGGGAAGCAAUUAUUUGCAGAUGACCCUCUUGUUCUGGAAAAAUAUGAAGGUGAAGGUCAAAAUUUAGUUCAUGAACAGAAACUCAAUAUGGGUGCUUCGACAUACCAAUCAAGGGAAAUUUUGGAUGCUUUUGAUAUCAUAAACAAAAACAGGGAAUAUUUCUUGCAAGUCUUACAAGAUCCAGGCUCUCCUUUUGCUCAUCAUUUCCACAAUCAACAGACACGAAGAAGUAGAAGGGCGUACUCAAAGUCUCUGUCGUUCUCUUCGUGUAGCUCGUCCCCUUUUAGAGGAUUUGGAACUAGAAAACUUAAUCCUUUGAAGGAGACAGUUAAAUCUGAGCUUCACUGUAAACCAUAUGGCCGCUCCCAGUCAAUGCCAUCAGUACUCGCAGAGUUCCAGACAACUCAGCGUAGGAAGAAGAAUCAAGCUGUUAUCAAGCGUUUCAAGAAUCUUAAAGAAAAGAUAAAACAUGUGAUUGGACAGAGCAAAAAAGAGAAGCAUAGGAUCGCAUUGGACGGAAUCCUAGACAAGAUUCCUCGCGGUCAAGAGCUCCCCAAGGAGUUCAAAACUGAGAACCUUUUCGCGGGCAGAGAUGAUAAUAAUGACAGCCCCAGAAGUAGCUGUGAGAGUCAGCAUUCUUUCUUUUCCGUCAACAAAACUGGAUCGCAUUGCAUCAGCAGAACGCCUUCUCUGAGCGAAUCACUAGAUAAAUACUGUCAAUUGUACGAGUCUAGUUGCAAGGGAGAUGUUAAACCCAAAUAUGUUGAGCCAUUGAAAUUGAAAAGUGAAGAUUCAACUCAAAAAAUUGCUUCAAAUCCCAUGAGAAGAUUGUCUUCUUCACCUGAACUCAAAUCUUACAUCUGUUUCAAUGAGGAUUCUUCUGAUGCCUUACCAUCAGGUCAACAGGUUAGAAAUACUGUGGAUGCAAAUGCGAGCACGAGUGAUUUCAGCGAACAAUCAGAUUCAGGAAGUCUUGUAAAAAUUGACAAUCAACAGAACUUGGAUAGCGAUACAAUGUUGGUUUAUGAAGAUCGUCAGGAGUUGACAGCUCCAGUUUCUGAUAUUGAUGCCAAUUUGAAUUUAGUUAGUGAUAGUUCGUCGGCGUCUCAGGAUAAGCAGGAUGCUGAACUGUCGGAACCAAAUAGCUUUCAAGAGGAUAAUGCUAGUCGUGUCAGCUUUUCCAGUGCAGAAGAAGAAGAUUUGACACUGAGGAUAAGCAUUCCCUUCCGCGACGAACUAGAUAACUUGGAGGACAAGUUAAUCAUGAAGGAGAUACAAAUAGCAGCAGAAACUGGAAUUGACAACAUAGAAAUUCCUAACAAGUAUAAUAUCCACUUUCAAGUAGGUGCAAAAGACAAAGCAGAAUUUGAUUAUGUGAAAGACAUACUUGAAUUAUCCGGUUUCAGCAAGAACGAACAGCUCGGAACAUGGCAUUCCGAUGGACAACCGAUGGAUCCAUCUUUAUUCGACGAAGUAGCCGGCUGUAUGUUUCUUGAUCAUCAAGAAACCUCCGGAAUCGAAGAAGACGGAGGGUACCCGUGUUAUCACUUGCUUCUGUUUGAUCUAAUCAAUCAAGUGUUGAUGGAAUUGUAUGCGAGAUCAUACACGUAUUUUCCGACGGCUUUGUCGACACUUUCUCGGAUUCGGCCUAUGCCGGUAGGAUACCGUGUGCUAGAGGAGGUUUGGGCAAACAUAAGUGGUUACUUAAGCUCACCUCCGCCGGCUGAACAAUUGUUGGAUUAUAUUGUGAGUAGAGAUUUAGUGAAAUGUGAUGGAUGGAUGAAUUUACAAUUUGAUUGUGAAUGUGUAGGACUUGAAGUUGAGGAUAUUAUUUUUGAUGAUCUCUUAGAGGAGAUUAUUUCCAGCUUAUGAGGCUUUUCAAGGUGGUGGAAUAUUAAUUAGUUUAUUUUGUAUAUAAAAAAAUUUAGAUAGGAAAAUUUACUUUACCUACUAUAUCACAUCAAAAUUAUUAUUAUCA